CGUCACUUGAAGAUGAAGAAGAUCUGGUCCAAGAAAAGGUUUCAGAGAACUGGGCAUUCCACACGGACAUUUGGCAGAUUCACCCAUGGUGUGUUGUCAGUAUGAGCUUAUCCUGCUGUACAAUGUAGAGUUUCCUGUUUUUUUUUUUGUGGUUUGUUUUGUUUUUUGGGGGGUUCUGUUGGAAAAUUGCUGUAGUCUUUUGUUCUCCCGCUCGGUUUAGCUUUCAUCAGCAUGUUUUUUCCACUGAUAUUUACUGCAGCACGUUUUAUUUGGCACACAGAAUUUGUUAUUGCCUGAGUAUAUUUGUAUGUUUUGCUGUUCGACUGCACACAAGUGGGUUUUGUUAUUGUACAUCCACCCCCACAAAGUGGUAUUUUUGUACUGUACUGCACUGCUGCCUCUUAGCAAAAAAAGACUAUCCACAAGUGGACAACAUCUAUCUCUUCUGAUAUUUGGCAAUAUUUGUGAAACUUAUGAUCAAACCUGAAGCAGAAAGUUAAUGUGAAAAAACAAAACAAAAAAAACUCCACGUCCCAUUGUGAUACAAUUCAAACUUCCUGGUCUCCUCGUAUUUACAUCGCUGGGGUAGUUUCCCACUGCUUAAGUUCAUUAUAUACAGACGGGUGGAUCUACAUACCCAGAGGUACCGAAAAGACACUCUCUCUAAUUGUGAUUGCUUAUAUCACACUGGCUUGUUCUUAUCUUUACUUCGUAAAAUGAUCUAACCAGGGUCUUGGCUUGAUGUAAGGCGCAAUGAGGUGCAACCUAUUUUGUGGUUGUCGUCCUCCUCCUCUCUCACAGGCUCUCUAACCAGUAAACAUAUCUGUCAGCCACCAAGCAGUGUGGCUGGUGAUUUUUAGACUCUAAUGGGUACGAAGAGGAUUGGUCGUGUGGGUGAGAGAGAUGCUGGUUUCCAUAGUAACGGUGCUCUCCCGUCUGCCCUCUCUUGCUGCCACUAUGGAAGCGAAGUUUUCCGCUCCUGCCGAAAGCAAAGCUAUGACUCUGAGACGACAGAAGAUGAGACUACCGAACCUCAGAUGGAAACCAAAGAAGGGCCCGGGAGGCACCAAGACAAAGCUGGACGCAAAGGACCAUCAGGUGAGGAAGGAAGGAUAAUGGACUAUAACCCAGAUGCUGCAGAUCGCAGGGCCACCCUCCCCGGCACAUAUGACCCUGUGGUGGAGCGAGAGCUCCGGGCUCUGGGCUCCCGUCCUCCGGGGCCACAUUUGGACCCCACAAACCCAGCAAGGAACAAAACUGCUGAGGAAUCCCGGGGGCUCUCUUCUCAUGCACCCCCAUCCUCUACCCAACCAACAUUAAGCAAAAACCUUGACAAAGACAAAGCUGAAGUUCUUCAAGCAUCUAAGUCUUCUGGUACUGGCAAUGUCACCAUGACUCCAAAACUGGCUCGUGCUGGAAACAAGAUUUUUGACAAGGUGCUGGCCUUUGAGGAGCGAAGGAGAAGUGUGGAUCUGCCAGGAGGGGCGGCGUCUGUGGACUCAGAUGACAGUGGAAAGAAGACAGGAGGCCCCAGCAAGGAGGGAAAAAUCCUGCAGGGAGUGUCCCAAAAGAGAACAGCAUUCCAGCAGCGGGCCUCCUCGCUGGAGGACAAGACAACCUAUUCCCAGAGGGUUCAGAGUUACCAGAACAAGUUUGCAGAUGAGCUCCAGAGGAUCAAGAAACUUGUGGGAAAAUCGAGCCUGAAGAAGGCAUACUCAACUGAGCAGCUGUCACAGAAGGAAAGGAUACACACAGGAAAAAUAGAGCCCAUUCCUCAGCAUGUGGUUCGAAAGUUGGAGGCCAAUGAGCAGAAAGGAAAAGCUGGAGGGAAGGAACGAGACCGUACAUCCCAGCAUCCUCCACAGGUCCCAGGCGGACAUUUAGGAUCUCAAAGUAAGGAUCCUUGUGGGGAUAACGCCGCACAGACGACUAAUGGCUCAUCCCGAGAAAGCUUUGGUAAAAGCUUGGUUACCAUGGAAAUGACAUCAGUUCACCAGUUGCCAGGACAACCCUUGGCAACCAGGAAAAGUCUAAUCAGAGAUACGGGAAUAGAUUCAAGCACAGAUGCCACGAUGGAGAACAAAUCACAUCAUGGAUCCCCUGGCCCAACUGGGAAGAGAUCAUGCCCAGUAACAGCGAGAGAGCCAUCAUCCCAACAUCCACCCAGACCCAACCGUCCGACACCGACACUCCCUCCUGCUGUGAGCCCCUUAGUGAAAAACAGGAGGGCCGAGGUGGGAAGGGUCUCUUCGGCCUUGAAAGGAAGCCUCCCCACGAUCCUGGUGGAGGAUGAGUCCAUGGAGGACAAAGGUCCAAAAGGCCAAAGCAAAGAGAACCAUCAAACCAGACAAAGGGAGGUUCGAGUACGCAAAAGCAAGACAGGACAUUCAAGAUCUCCAAGGGAAGGGGGUUCAGCCGAAGACUCCUACCUGUCUGCUGAUGAAGAACCAGGCGAGGGCCCGAAGUUCGUGAAACCUCUCAAUGACACUACAGCACCAAGUGGCUCUGAGGUCAAGCUGGAUUGCAUCAUCACUGGCAGCCCAGCACCCACAGUGACAUGGAGGAAGAACAACGUAGAGCUGCGCAGCGACGCUUUUUAUACGGUGAAACGCGAGGGCGAGAUACACACUCUGCUGAUAAAGAAGCUGAGGCCCCAUAACGCCGGAUUGUACUGCGUCACAGCAGCCAACACGACGGGCACCUCGUCCUGCAGCGCCACCCUCCACCUCCAGCCCGAGUCCAGCUACGUCCAGUCUUGGAAUCCACCUGCAACCGUGGAAGUAAGCAGUCCAGUCCACUCAGAUGAGGAGUAUCUGAGCUCUCAGGAGGAGGAGAUGGAGAUUGGAGACUCACCAUCCUUGGAUAAAGGUGUCUUCUUCAAUGAACCUCCCUCAUUUGAGGUGGCCCCCUGUGACCAGGAUGUACCUGAGGGUCAAGAGGUUGUUAUAGCAGCAAAAAUCAGAGGGCAUCCCAAACCCAUGGUGUCAUGGUUGAAGGACAGAGUGACGGUGAAGACAGGAGGGCGCUUUGUUGUGCGAGCGAUGGAAGAUGGCACCUGUGAAAUGAGAAUCAGUUCUGCUCAAAGGUCAGAUGCAGGACUUUAUGUUUGUAAAAUCAGCAGUGAGUGUGAAACCAACCAAGUGGAGGUCAGAGUAGAGGUCAGAGCUGCUGCACAGACAGAGCUCAGAAUCACUAGAGCAGUUGAAGAUACGGCGGUGAAGGCCGGAGAGUCAGCCAUGUUUGAGUGCCACAUCACCGGGCCACCAGACGUGGAGGUUGACUGGAUGUCUAAUGGAAAACUCGUUCAGCCUGCACUUCUCAACUGCAAGAUGCAUUUUGAUGGAAAGAGGUGUCGUCUAAUGCUGAAUUCAGUGCACGAGGAUGACAGUGGGACCUACACUUGCAAACUGAGCACUGCAAAAGAGGAGCUGACCUCAAGUGCAAACCUGAGAGUCACUCCAUCUAGAGAGCCUUUGUUCACACGUAAACUGGACAUCCUUGAAGUCAUCGAAGGACGUACUGCACGCUUUGACUGUAAGGUGAGCGGAUCACCUGCCCCGCGAGUCACAUGGAUGCACUUUGAGACACGAAUGGAGGAGAGUGAUAACGUUCGCAUCCUUCAAGAGGGGGGUCGUCACUCACUUGUCAUCUCCCACGUUAGCUGUGACACGGAGGGCUUUUACACUGCAGUUGCUCAGAAUGUUUACGGAAAGUCUGAAUGUACUGCUGAGCUCUAUGUGCAAGAAUCAAGGGCUGCCAUCUCCUCCCACAUGGCCAAAUUAGAGAAGAUGCCAUCCAUACCUGAGGAGCCUGAGGUUUUAGAAAACGAGUCCGAAAGAAGAACCAUGCCAGACUUUGUCAAGCCUCUGGCUGAUGUGGAAGUGAUUGAAGGGAAGGAAGCCAUGCUGAAAUGCAAAGUGUCCGGCCUGCCCUACCCAACCAUCGCUUGGUACCACAACGCCAAACGCAUUGAGAGCAGCGAGGAGCGCAAAAUGAUCCAGCACAGGGAUGUCCACAGUCUGGUCAUUCGGAGUGCUUGUCAUGCACAUGGGGGUGUCUACAAGGCAGUAAUCGCAAACAAAGUGGGCAAAUCAGCUUGCUAUGCUCACCUCUAUGUGACAGAUAUUGUUCCUGACCCUCCUGAUGGACCUCCAGUUAUUGAAGCCAUCACAGGGAAAACUAUAACCCUUAGCUGGAAGCGACCAAAGAGGCUUGACCUUUCACUGGAUGCCAGCUCUUUGCUGUUCAUGGUCCAGCAGCAGCCUCUGGGAUCCAUCCAAUGGUCUGUUGUGGCAUCCAACCUGAAGGAGACAAAUUACACUGUCACCUCCCUGUCCAAGGGAGUCCGUUACUCUUUCAGGGUCCUGACAUCAACCGGGAAGACACUGAGCAAACCGUCCCCCUCCACUGAUCUGGUUCAGCUCCUAGACAGAGGGCCAUAUUUGAGGAAAGCGCCUGUUAUUUUGGAUAAACCUGACAUUGUGUUUGUGGUGGAGAACCAACCUGCAAACAUCACGGUUACGUUGAACCAUGUACAUGCAGUUGUCACCUGGAAAAGGAGGGGAGUGGCACUGAUCAACAAACCAGGAAUGUAUGAGAUGGGAAUGCCAGAUGAUGAUCAGCACACCCUAAGGAUACAACGGGUCAGGAACUCUGACAUCGGGCAACUGGUGGUCACAGCUAGCAACCAGUUUGGCAGCGACCUCUGCACACUCCAGCUGGCCAUGGCAGUACCUCCUAAAUUUGAAUCCAUCAUGGAGGAUGUGGAUGUGCAGAUCGGAGAAACAUCAUGUCUGGCAGUAGUGGUUGAAGGGAAACCAGACCCAGAUAUUCUCUGGUUUAAAGAUGAUCUCCUUCUCUCAGAGAGCAGCCACUUCACAUUUGUGUACGACGACCCAGAAUAUUCCCUGGUUAUUCUGAGCGCCAAGCAGGAACACUCUGGCGUCUACACCUGCACUGCCAGGAACGUGGCUGGCUCUGUGUCCUGCAAGGCCGAGCUCACAGUCCACACAGAUCGAAAAGCAGCAGCCGAGCCAGCAGAGGAUGAGGGAACCAUUUUGAGGAAGAUGAGGCGUUUGACGGAUUAUUAUGAUGUUCACAAAGAGAUUGGGCGGGGGGCCUUCUCCUAUGUAAAGAGAGUGACGCUAAAAACGGAAAAGAUAGACCUCGCUGCUAAAUUCAUCUCUGCCCGAGGAAAGAGGAAGGACUUGGCCCUCAGAGAAAUGGAUCUGCUGUCUGAGCUGGACAACAGCCAGAUUCUUUAUUUCCAUGAUGCUUUUGAGAAGAAGAACAAAGUGGUGCUCAUUACAGAGUUAUGUCAGGAAGAAAUGCUGGAGAGAAUGGCCAAGAAAACAACGGUCAUGGAGAAGCUGAUUCGCAGCUUUGUCCAACAGAUUUUGGAGGGACUUCGAUAUCUUCAUGAAAGGAGUAUAGCUCACCUUGAUAUAAAGCCUGAAAACAUUUUAAUGGCAAGCGCAGGAAGUGAUCACAUCCGCAUUUGUGACUUUGGAAACAGCAUAAAAUUGGAGACUUCAGAGGAGUAUUACUGCAAAUAUGGCACACCGGAAUAUGUUGCUCCAGAGAUUGUUAACCAAACUCCAAUUUCCACAGCCACAGACAUAUGGCCUGUUGGAGUCAUCACUUAUCUCUGUCUUACUGGGGUGUCUCCAUUUGCUGGGGAGAAUGACAGAGCCACUGCGCUGAACAUCCGGAACUACAACGUAGCGUUCGAGGAAGGCAUGUUUUCGGACCUCUGCAAAGAGGCAAAGGGAUUUGUCAUCAAGCUUCUGGUGGUGGACAGCCUGAGGCCAAAUGCCAUAGAGUGCCUUCGUCAUCCUUGGUUCAAGUCACCUACAAAUAAGAGCAUCAGCACAACUUUGCUAAAACAGGUUAUUUCUAGAAGGCGCUGGCAGCGUUCCCUUAUCAGCUAUAAAUCCAAGAUGGUAAUGAGGUCUAUCCCAGAGCUCCUGAAUGACUCCUCCAGCCAUGUUUCAAUUGCCAUUGCUCAUCAUUUGAAAGAAGGCUCCCCACCUCCUUCUUCCUCGUCUGAUUCAGAUGCAGACGUGGACGAGCUUCCAUUUAUUCCGAUGCCUCUGUCCAUGGUCUUCUCUGGGUCCAGGGUCUCUCUUAAUGAGAUCCCAGGGGAUGAGGAUGUCAGAUUGCCAACUGCUAAUAUUAACGGAACUUGGAAAAAAGGAAAUAUGGAUUUAGAUGGUUCUACAUCAGAGGGGAAUAAAACCAUUAAAGACAAAGUGGAAACUCAAAAUGGGGAGAGAAUGGGAAAGGCUAAACAAGAAGACCUUAAGGAAGGAUCAAGUGUGGAGUCUAAUGAAUUACAGACAAGAGCCAGGAGGGCUACUAUGAGGAGAGGCAGCUCUGCAGAUUCAGCUCUGCUUCUCCAAAUUGAUCCUGAGGAAGGAAAUGCAAAUGAGGGCCGAGAGGCAGGUAACAAGAGCCUGAAAAAGGCUGUUUCUAUGGAACUACCCAAUCGGAGCCCUAGCCCAGGUACUACGAAAUUAAGUCAGGAGGAUUAUGCUUUAAAGCUAGAGCUAAUGAGGCAACGGCUGCUCAGGGGAGGAAGCAUUGAUAAAAAAUUGAGUGGCUUACGGGGGCCAUUGUUUGAAACCCUUGGCAUAGAUGAGGAAAGACAGACAGGGUCUCUUGGGAAAGGUUUGAGAAGAUUCAGAGCAGGGCCAUCAACCCUUAACAGAGCAGCAUCUAUUGAAAGUACAGAAAAGGAGACACCAAAGACCAAGGUUUAUCGUAAAAGUGUCUCCAUGUCCCAGGGUGAUUCGGAGCCCAUGCCCCUGCACCGUAGAUUUGGAGCCCCCUUAGAGAUCCCAUCUGCUUCCAGUGCUAGCACAGAAGAGAACAAACUUCAAGAGACAGAUUCAAUGUCUUCACUGACUGAACAAGCAACACUGGAGUCUGCAUCAACCUCGCCCAGAGACAGAGCUUCCAUUGUUCUCCAAGUAGCAGACAAAAUGGACCAACUGCAAAAAAGUCACAAUGUGAAAGAACAUUCAGAUGUAGAGAAAGCAGGAGAAAAAAGGACCAAAGCAGAGUCUGAAACAAAAUCUGCCUCUGAUAUUACUCCUAAAAUUGUUAUAGAAGAGGAGGGGAGAGAAGACAAUAUAAAUGAAAAGGCUGGAGUUGCUGUACCAUCUCAAACAUCAGCCAAAGCCCAAUCUAAACCCCUUACUGCUUUGCACAAAUUAAAUAACUCAAAUUUCUCAGAUACAUCUUUAGUACCCGAACACCCAGCGGUAUUUGCCAAAGUAGCAAUAGGAGACCGACCCCCUGUUUCCCUUCCCUCAUCUUCAAACCCUGAUCUUACUAUAAUCCCUCGCCAACCUGUUCUCAGAACAGACAUAAAAGACAUUGAUUCAGAGGAGGUCUUUGAGGCCAAAUUUAAGAAGAGGGAGUCAUCCCUCACCCGUGGCCUCCGUAAACUGGCCAGAAACAAAUCCAAUGAGAAAUCCCCAGUGUUGAGCCGCAAGACUGUUGAAGGGGGUGAGGAUAUUUACAGGCCAGGGCAGGGAGGAGCACCACUUGAAAUAGUAUCCAAGGGACUUCAGGAGAAAUCCAAAUCUGUUCAAGAUUUAAGAGAAGUAGAUCAGGAAACAAGCCUUGGUCGGAUAGGGAGGUUUUCAUUGAGAGGCAAGAGGUCGACAUUUACUGAGAAAAAAGAGGAAAAACAAUCAAAUAUUCAGGAAACUGCUGUAAACAAGAGGGUUUCAUGGGCUAUGGGUCGCAGUAAGUCUCUGGAUACAAAGGAUCUGAAUGCUGGUAGAGCAAGGAUUCAGUCUGAGGAGAGAGAAUCAAGAAAAACUGAGGAGUCAUCAGUUUCUGCCAUGAGACGGAAAUUUGAGUCUAAAGUCGCAGGAAUCUCUGCAAAAAUAAGGAGUCAGUCAGAGGAGAGGAAAGCUAAACAGGCUGGGGGGAGUCAAAAAGACCUAGUGCAAAAGGAUCUGAAUAAGGUCUCUGAAUCCCCUGUUCUAACAGUACGUCAUAAGUUUGAGAAUAAAGUUGCAGGAAUAUCUUCAAAAAUCCGUAGUCAAUCAGAAGAGAGAAAACUAGACAGUGAGGUUCGGAGCACACCCCUGUUUGGCCGCCAUCGGCAUUCCCACUCUGAAGGCCGUGGACUGAAAGGAAUGGGUAUUCCUGAAAAUCAAUUGGCAAAACAAACCGGUGCCACUGCAUCAGAGGAAUCAGUUGAGUCUACCUCCAGCAUUCAUUCCGAUAAGGCUUCAGAGAGUGAUAGACGAUCACGGUGGGACAGGUGGGGCUUGACCAGGGGCAGGAAAGAGAAAACUCCCUCCCAAUCUGACUUACCUUCAAUUGCACCCAAAGACGGUCUGACAAAAGGCCAUCAGUUCAUCCGCUCUGCCUCCGAUUUUGCUCCAGUGUUCCACAUUAAACUGAAAGACCACAUCCUAUUAGAGGGGGAAGCUGUGACUCUGACUUGCCUUCCAGCUGCCAGCCCACACCCUGAAAUCACAUGGAUGAAAGAUCGGAAACUGUUAGAGGUGACAGACAGCAGGAUUGUGCGGAUCUCCCAUCCAGAUGGCAGGCAGCUCCUUACAAUUCAUAAGUGCAGUCACAGAGACGCUGGGGUGUACGAAUGUGUCGCUACCAACCCAAUUGCUACUAUCACAACUUCCUGCACACUUUCUGUAGCUUCUGUCCCAAAGCGACCUGGGACCCCUGAAGUAGCUCAGACAUACAACAACACAGCUUUGGUUCUAUGGAAGCCGUCAGAAACAAAAUCUCCAUGCAGCUACUCACUGGAAAGAAAAAUCGAAGGUGAUUCUGUUUGGGCAACUGUGUCCACUGGAAUAGCUGACUGCUACUACAAUGUCACUGACCUGCCUCCAGAGGGCAAUAUUAGGUUUAGAGUCUCCUGUGUCAACAAGGCAGGACAAGGUCCUCACAGCAAUUGCUCUCCUCCAGUCAGCCUGGAAUCAACAGGAGGAGGGGCUUCACCUGCAGUCGCCAUUGUAAAAACAGUCCCAGCUCCUCCAGAACUAGUGCUAACAAACUCUCAGCCCAAACCCCCCCCUGAAGUCAGAAUCACCUCCACUUCAACUUCCUCCGCUCCUCCCUCUUCUCUGACCUCUAACCUUCCAACAAGUCCUCCAUUACUGUCUGCAAGCACCACUCCUGAGGAAAAAGAAUGCAGCACUCUGCCAUCCUCUGCAACAGUCAAAGCCUCGCCAUCUUUUGUUUCACUGAAGCCCCAGAGUCCAAUAAAUGUGGUGACCCCUAUGACCCAGACCCCAAUCAUAUCCCCACCUCCUCUUGUAACCCCACCUUCCACCCCUACGAAAUCUUUAAUUGCAUCAGUGCCCACCUACAUCCCCACGACUGCUGCCACCGCACACGUGGUUCCCACUCCAGUGUCUUUUUCCCCUCAAGUGCUUCAGACCUCCAGCCUGAGCCCCAUCGCCGAUGGGGCCAGCACCCCAACCAGAGGCACUCCAUCUGGAAGCAUCACGCCGUCUACUGCCCUGCGACAAGGAGUUCCACAGAAACCAUACACCUUCCUAGAUGAGAAGGCCAGAGGUCGGUUUGGGGUGAUCCGUGAGUGCAGGGAGAACGCAACAGGGAAAAGCUACAUGGCCAAAAUCAUUCCGUACACCCAGGAGAACAAGCAGGUAGUGCUUAAGGAGUACGAGAUCCUGAAGUCGCUUCAUAAUGAGAAGGUUAUGGCUCUCCAUGAGGCCUACGUCACACCUCGCUACCUUGUGCUGGUGGCUGAGUACUGCACUGGCAAAGAGCUGCUGUACAGCCUCACUGACAGGUUUCGGUACUCCGAGGAUGAUGUGGUUGGCUACCUGGUUCAGAUUCUCCAGGCUGUGGAGUACCUCCAUAAUUGCAGAGUCCUCCACUUAGACCUCAAGCCCGAAAACAUCUUAGUGACCAACCUAAAUGUCAUUAAGUUAGUAGACUUUGGCAGUGCUCAGAGUUUUAACCCUCUUAACCUGGAACCCCGGGGCACAGAAACAGGAACACUGGAGUACAUGGCUCCUGAGAUGGUAAAGGGUGAAGUUGUUGGUCCUCCUGCUGAUAUUUGGACCGUUGGAGUUGUCACCUACAUCAUGCUUAGCGGCCGACAGCCUUUUGAAGAUAAGGAUCCUCGACGAGUUGAAUCUAAAAUUCUGGCAGCCGAGUUUGACCCAACCAAACUCUACCCAAAUGUCUCCCAAAGUGCCUCCAUUUUUCUCAAGAAGAUGUUGAGCAGUUAUCCAUGGGCUCGUCCAAAUACACGAGACUGCUUUACACAGGGCUGGCUGCAGGACUCUUACCUGAUGAAGCUUAGGAGACAGACGCUCACCUUCACAUCCAGCCGACUGAAGGAGUUCCUGGUGGAGCAGCAGAGUCGUCGCAUGGAGAGUGCCACUAAGCACAAGGUGCUGCUGCGCACAUACCAGGGCUCACCACGCAGCCCUCUGUCUGGCACCUCACCACAUUUAUCCAGCCCACAGUGAAUGGCCGGGCUGGAUUUUGUAGAGUCGGAUCUGCCCCUAAAAGAACUACUGAUCCAUAGAAACUGUUGAGGAAAAGUACAGGUGGAUUCACACAGGAGUCCACGUGUUCUUUUGGAACUAUUCAAGAAUCAGCAGGUGCUGCAUCUUGCAAUGCAGACCGGCAGAAUUGAUUCAUUCACAAACUACUCAUGUAUUAAACUACUCAAGUAUUAAAAUUAUAUCAAGAUCUGUGGUUUUUUCUUGACAGCGCAGCCUCUCAGUCAUUUUGUGCAUUCUGACAGUGCACAGUUUUAUUUGCCUUAGAGUCGGUGUGAGGUUCCAAUCUGCACAAGCUAUCUUUAUGUAGUUUUAUUUAAAAAAUCUGUUUUUGCCAUGCAGUUCUUUAGUAAACGUCAUAUUAAAGUACUAUGAUUGAAGCUCCUUACCUACUGUAUUUAGCAUUUAUUCACAUUUUAGAACCCCCAAAAGAUUGUUUUCUCUUUUUUGAAAUGUUUACUUUUUCAUGUUAAUUUAUUUGCAUGUGUGUGUGUGUGUUCUUGUACAUGCAGCUGAGUGAGAUAGUUGUUUGCUCGUUUUACUAGUAAAAUGAGGACUUUAAUGUAAAGUGAGGACCAAAAAAAAGUCCUCACUUUUUUUCUGAGCUAGAGGUUAGGUUUAGGGCUAAGGUGUCAAAUAAGUUUAGGUUACGGUUUGGGCUAGGUAUAAACCGGUAAAUGUUAGCGUCAGAGAUAAGGUCAGUGUAAGGCCACAGAAAGGCUUGUAGAUGAAUGGAAGUCUAUGAAAGACAAGGCACGGUCCUCACUAUGUACAUUAAACGUGGAUAUGGUGUGAGUGUGUGUGUGUGUGUGUGUGUGUGUGCAUUUUUGAGUCACUUUUCAAUUUAGCAGCGAGGCAACAAAAACUGAAUAAGGAACAUGUUUGUGGAAUAUACGGGAAUCUGUCCUACAGCUUCUUGCUCUGUGAUCAGGCCUCGACUCUUUAACCGUGAUCCAGCUGUGAACAGUAGAUUUUCCCUAAAAUGUAACGUACCGCAUAGUUGCAGUGUUUUGUCUGUAUAAAAAUUUGGUUGAUCUGGUUGCUUAAAUCAUGGUCGUCCAGCCAGUGCCUCGAAUAAACGUCAAGAUGCUGAUCUUCAAUGUGUGUCUUCAUCAGCUGGUUGCAGUAUCUGGUUGUUACAAGAGACAACUCAUUUGUGCAUACAGUACAUUGGCAAAUAUACAUGGAUUUCUUGUAACAUCUGAAUGUCUUGUGUUUUGCUCUUCCAGCCUUUUUGUAUGACCUCGAAUGGUUCAAGAUUUGUAAAUGUACCUAUUUGCAGUGGUUAUAUGUGGAAAAAGAUUGACAUGUUUUUAUGAGACAGUAUGUAAUAAAAUAUUUGGAAAUAU